CAGCAGUAAACAUUUAUAAGCAGCUUAGCACUGUUAAAACGGUACGCCAGACAGACUGAUACCGGAAAGUGCUAUGUACUGUAUUUUUGAAACCGAACAGAUACUGAACGAUGAUUUUCACUGAACAAUAAAGGACGUAUUGUAUUCUACAACAGACCACCUAUGGCAACUAUGGCAGCAAAAUCCUCUCUGCUCAAAGUCAUCCUGUUAGGAGAUGGCGGAGUUGGGAAGAGCUCCCUCAUGAACAGAUACGUGACCAACAAAUUCGACACGCACCUGUUCCACACCAUUGGCGUGGAGUUCUUAAACAAGGACUUGGAAGUAGAUGGACGCUUUGUCACCAUGCAGAUCUGGGACACUGCCGGCCAGGAAAGGUUCAGGAGCCUGAGGACUCCUUUCUACCGUGGCUCUGACUGCUGCCUCCUCACAUUCAGCGUGGAUGACAGCCAGAGCUUUCAAAACAUCAGUAACUGGAAAAAGGAGUUCAUGUACUACGCUGAUGUCAAGGAACCAGAGAGCUUCCCCUUUGUGAUCCUGGGAAAUAAGGUGGAUGUUGCAGAGAGGCAGGUGUCUUCAGAGGAGGCCCAGAUCUGGUGCAGAGAAAAUGGCAACCACCCCUAUUUCGAAACCAGUGCCAGGAAUUCCACCAACGUCGCAAUAGCCUUUGAGGAGGCGGUCCGCAGAGUUUUGGCCACAGAGGACCGGAUGGACCAUCUGAUCCCUACAGACACUGUAAACCUCCAUAGGAAGCCCAAGUCAAGCUCUUCCUGCUGUUGACUAUUAUUUAUCACUUUAGUGUGCCGUGGAAGUUCAUAUGCAUAGAUUGCUGUAAAAAAAGGGGGUACAGAAACCCUCAUACAUUGUCCUCUAGCUUAACACUCCCCUUCUGACAUGCACUCAUCUUAUCAAAAGCCAUUUCAUAAUGCUGAACAUUGGCAGCCUUAUGUAUCAGCCUGCAGCUAUGAUUUCUGAGUGAAGCAGAUUAACUUAAAAAUAGUUGAGUAAAAGUAAAAAAUAUGUUAAAGUGCCAACUACAAAAAAAAUGUAAGAGUACAAUUAUCUUAUGUAAUUGUUCUCUUGCCACUUUGUAGUUUUAAAUCUAAAGAGCUAGAAGUAACUGUCAAUGGAGAGGACUUAAAUACUAAAAGCACUACUACUAAUACUACUAUGUCAGAAUUUUUCAGAAAUGAAAGAGAAAGUUGUUUACAAAUCUGACAAUGGCAAUAAGUUUGUUGUUUUGUAAAACUAUUCACUUGAAUCUUGCCUGUGUAUUAAUCUGAGAUAGUAAUAACCUGCUUUAACGGAUUGUAUAAAGCUCUAAGACUUCAAAACCCAAUUAAACUUGUGGUGCCUGAAUUGUCUGUCCUGUAAGCUAUAAUUAUAAUUUGAUGAUAACCAAAGGUAAAUGUUUACACCUUGUCUGCUUUUUACUGGCAGCGCAGUGCAGCUAUGGAUUGCCUCUGUGGUUUUAUGUUGUACAAAUCCACACAGUUAUUACUGAUUCCUGUUCCUAGUCAUUAAAUACAAUAAUCCAAGGGCAGUACUUGUGCACUGAGACUUGAACAGUGGCUUAAAUGAGCAAGCAACAAAGACUACAUGUUUGCUUUCUUUUAACUUGCAUGGCUGACAUUGCUGUAAAAACACGCUUGUAAAGUUAA